AUGGCCCUUCACCGUCGAGAAUUACUCCUAGCUGGUUUCACCGGAUUCGUUGCUUGGGGAUAUGCAGUACAUUGGUUACCGGUCCUGCGUUGGCUGGGAUAUGCGCUAGCCCUCGGUGUGGCCCUAUCCUCCGCCAGUUUCCUUGCGUUGGUUAUUUUGACAACAAGAAAUCGAAUUGAAAGGCCCACUAGCUCAAAACAAGUGUUGGCAGCAUUUCUCAAACCAGAGAACUGGCGAAAGGAGCUUUCAAAUGCGCGCAAGACCACACGAUACCGACCGCGGCCCCUCUAUCCACAAUCCUUUGUUGUCUCUGAAGGGCUCGACGAGCUUUUGUCCCUAGUGACCCGAGAUUUCAUCUCAUCUUGGUACCACAAUGUUAGCCCUAGUCCAACAUUUGCGAACGAAAUCGACCGAGUAAUACGUGUUGCACUCGAGAACCUUCGAGAUAGACUGUUAGCCGAAGACCUGAUUUCGUUGGUUGUAUCGCGGGUAUUUCCCAUAAUAACCUCCCACCUCAAAGAAUUCGAUGUCGCCGAGCGGUCAGUUCGCGGCCGCAAUCUUAAUCGAAAUGUAACCGAGUCAGAGGAGCUGGACUUGGCGAUUGCCAACAAGUUUCGCGAGGGCCGUCUUCACCCGGCAGUUGGCCUGCACUCGGCUGACCAGAAGACCCUACAGCAAGAAUACUUGCGCAAAAUUGCUACCGGGCUACUUCCUCAGCUAUUUCCAGAGGGUGUGCUUAAGAGCAGAAUUGUCUCGGUCUUGAUUCGUGAGAUCAUUGCAUGCGCAAUUCUGGUCCCAGUCGCGACGGCCCUGUCCGAUCCCGACACAUGGAAUCAGCUGAUGGAGGCAUAUGGACGCACGACUUUACAGGAUCGAAAGACUGUUCGAAAACUACGCGCUGCGCUCGACGAGCAUGCAUCUCCUGCUCCCAAGUCGAAGCACGGGCAAGCGUUUCCCAAACUCUCAGCGCAUGAUUCGGAAAGAGCCUUUGAGCGUUUUGUACGGGCCAUCAGACGUUGCAAUAACCUGUCCGAUGCGCGUCGGUUUCGAGCACUGGUUUCUAGCCAGCUAAAAAGAGAAAGUAUGGUCGAGGGACAAGACCAGGUCUAUCUCAGGCGGCUAGAAACAGGGAAAAGAGUUCUGGACCAAAAGGUCGCCAAGCUAUCUCUGCCAGGACAGGCGCCCCCUGUAGCUCCUGUGGCAAGUAAACAUGUGCGUCAUGGUAGUACCUCCUCUGUGCGCGAGUCAUCGCUGGCCGAUGUGCUGCACAGUGCAUGUGGCUUGUCCUAUUUCAUGGAAUUCAUGGAUCGGCAACAAAUGAUGUCAAUGGUCCAAUUCUGGAUCGUAGUCGACGGCUUUCGAAACCCCUUAGAAGAUGACUUUGGAGACGAGACUUCGUCCAGUUCAAUAACCUGGACAACUGCAGAUAGAAAUGAUUUGGCGCUUCUCAGUCAAACUUAUCUUUCCAAAUCGGAGCUGAAGGUCUCGGAAGAAUCUCGACGGGCAGUCAAGACAUUCCUGAGUGCAGGGAAACGUGCAACGCCUGAGCAGUAUCGAAAAGCUCGGACAGUGGUUUUGACGACCCAGUCGUCCGUGCUGGAACGCAUGGAGAGUAAUUUCUACCCCAAAUUCAAGGAAUCUGACCUUUACUGGAAAUAUCUCGCGGCCGAUGAAGCCUCGCAAACUCAAGCCCCACCACGCCCUCCAUCUCCAGUGGCAGCCCCGGCUGGGCCUCGCGAACGAAGACCCCUUCCACCUCUUAUGGUACGAACGGCCUCGCAGCCAGCGAGUAGACCUUCAAAGGAUCUGCGUAGAGCGGCUGUUUCAUCCGGUGAUGUUCGGGGCAUGGGCAAAAUCUUUGACGACAACGAUUCACUUCGACGAUCUAUGGACUCUGAACGAUCUCUACCUCUUUUUGAUGAAGAUUACGACACUGAUCAACUUGCAAUGUCCACUCACAGCUUGGGCAAGGACUCACAAAACGGCGACAAUGAGAUGACCCAAAGCACUGUUCUUGAGACCAUGGAGGCUGCUCUCAAUGACAUCAUUAUCAAUGAACCGAAGAACACUGGUUCGGAGGAUCUGAAGGACAGCGAUGUAUCUCUCCUCGGGAUAAACCGUUCGGAAAAUCCCUCUCGUCCUUUAUUUGAUGCCCCGCGAGGUGACGGACCUGCCAGCGAGAAAGCAAAGAAAAGCAUUGCAUCUCUGGGAUUGGUUGAUCAUGCCUCUCGACUUGGUGUUUUCGAUGACGAUCUCUUUCCAGACCAGCAGAAAUUCAUCGAGGAUGAAUACGAAGAACCAAUUGGUGGCGAGGAAAGAGACCCAGCUGAUGAAGUGCACGAAGCUGCCCCUGGUGAUCUUGGUCUCACCGAGGCGAUUGAAGUACUGACAGCGGAGAUUGAUAAGCUGACUGCUCAAGACUCGGUUCUUGAGGCAUUGACACGAAAGGCCGAGCUAACCAACAACACGGCCGAAUUGAGAAUUCUACGCAAGUCCAAGGCCAGCAUUGAGCGCGAAAUCAAUCGCAAGGAAAUGCAGCGACAGCAGUAUAUCAUUCAGGAGAGUGACAACAGUCUUUAUGGCCGUUCUACAACACGCAUAAAGUCGAUCAUGGUUGGCAGGGAAGAGGACGGCCGAGAGUUUGCUAUGUAUGUCGUCGAGGUUCAACGGAAUGCCGGUGAACAAAUGCCAGCUGCUUCUUGGGCAGUUCCUCGCCGCUACAGCGAAUUCCACGAACUCCAUCAGAAACUACGAAUGAGUUAUCCAUCCGUUCGACACUUAGAAUUCCCUCGUCGGCGCGUAGUCAUGAAACUUCAGAAAGAAUUUCUCCAAAAACGCCGCCAAGCCCUCGAGGCCUACAUCCAAAAACUACUUCUCCUCCCAGAAGUCUGUCGCAGUCGCGAUUUACGUGCCUUUCUCUCGCAGAGGGCAAUUCUCCCUCAACAAGACAACAGCUCACGAAACACUGAUGCCGACGCAAAGGAUCUGGUCACAAGGAUCUACAAUUCCGUCGCAGACGGCAUGGACGAUUUCCUCGGUAACUUUGGCGUCCUCGACCAGUUAUCUACCGCAGGCCAAAACCUCAUCUCAGCCGCAACGAACCAAGUCAACGUCAGUAUUAGUCUAGCUCAUGAUCCUGCGCUAGCUACCGAAGACGCCGUUACAACCGCCGAAGCCGAAGCCGAGCUAAACGCAUUCGAAGAUCGAGAACUAGAGCCUUUCAUCAAACCGAUCUGCGAUCUCUUCCUAGAAGCUUUCGAACUAAACCGUGGUAACAACUGGCUCCGUGGCCGCGCCGUGGUCGUCGUUCUGCAUCAACUUCUCGGAGGAACUAUCGAGCGCAAAGUUCGUGAUGGAGUUCGUUCCGUUCUACAGGAAGACUCGGUGUCACGAUACAUCAAGAUUGCGAAAGAUAGUCUAUGGCCUGAUGGUGUCUUGCGCAAAUUCCUCCCUCGAUCCAUGGCUGAUCGUCAUAAAAGUCGCACAGAAGCUACUGUUGUCUUAGCUACGCUCAUCCCUGAUCUGGCCGGCAAUGUUGUUGGUCGUGCGAAUGCCCAGGCGGCUGCUAGAAGGAUCUUUGCGACUCUGAAUAAUAAACCGCUUAACACUCAUCUGGCGUUUACGCUUCUGGAUGAAAUUGUUUUGGUUCUUUUUGGUAGUCGGGAACCUGGUCGUUCUCGCUUACCCGCCUGA